AUGGCACCAUUAGCACGCGCAAUCGUCGAGAAAGCCUCAGAGCUAGUAUCAAGAGAACUCGUCAAGAGAAGAACCUGCUACCGCACUCGCUAUGGCUACACCCAAGCCUACCGCUGCAGCAACAGCGCCUGGUCGCGUUUCGGCCGCUGGAUCCUCGCCGGCGUCCUCAUCUUGAUCGGCCUCAUCCUGCUCCUCAUGAUCCUCUGUCUGUCCCGCCGUCGCAAGCGUCGCGCUGCCAAAUACGCAACCCAGCCUGCUACCACGUAUAACGCGCCGCCGCAGACCACUUACAAUAAUACCGGCUACGACCAGAAUGCUGGCUAUGGAAAUCAGCAGUAUGCGCCCCCGGCUGGAGCGCCGCCGCCGAAUUAUGGCGGGAAUGAGGGUUAUUAUAAUCAGGGUGGUGUGAGUCAGCCGGGGAAUACGUAUCAGCCGCAGUAUAAGUAG